AUGAAUCUUAUAGCGACUGGCGAUAUUGCGAAGACCUUUGCCAAAGAUAUCCUGCUAGACCCUGUGACCAGGGGCACUAGUGAUGUCGUGCAUGUAAUCACAGGCAUUGCAUCUUCUUCAUCUGUCGAGUCUGCCAAACGCUUCUAUGCCGGGGUUGUGCAGCCUCGCCAGUCAUCAAGCAUCGAUUGCAGUACAUAUGGCUCGUACAAGGAGCUCGUGGAGGACCCGGCCGUCGACCUUGUCUAUAUCUCGACCCCGCACUCGCAUCAUUUCCAGAACUGCAUGUUGGCACUGAACCACAAGAAAGCGGUGCUCUGUGAGAAGCCGAUUGCGGUUAAUGCUCGGCAGGCCCGUAAAUUGCAUGAGGUCGCCAAAGAAAAAGAGGUUUUCCUCAUGGAAGCAAUGUGGACUCGCUUCCUCCCUCUCAGUGUUGUUAUACGGCAACUGAUCAAUGAUCGCGUCAUUGGCGAUAUGCUGCGCGUUUAUGUCAAUAAUUCCAUUGGAACAGCCGUUGAGACACUCGACAAGUCGCAUCGGUAUCUUAACCUCGCGCUCGCCGGAGGUGCUCUAUUAGAUAUUGGAGUCUAUCCCUUGACCUGGCUCUUCCAAACGCUAUAUCAUACGCAGGACCCCGAUUUACGGUCACCACCGUCUGCUAUUUCAAGCCUGGUGGAGUUUCACGAGUCUUCCGGGACAGACCAGAUGGUCAGCCUCAUCAUGCGCUUCAGUAUGCCAUCCAACUCGAGGUUGAAAGUCGCACAUGGCAUAGCGUCAACUUCAAUGGUUCUGCCAGACACUGAGGCUCGGGGGGGACCGACAGUUCAUAUAUAUGGUCUUGAGGGUGAGAUUCAGGUGUGGGGCCCGGCUCACAGGGCUCAAAGUAUCAAAGUCAUACCAAAACCGGGGCAUGGGCAGCCUUGGGAGCGCAGCUUCCCGAUUCCUGCUCAGGGACACGGUAUGUUUUGGGAGGCAGACGAAGCAGCUAGAUGCUGGCUAGCUGGCAAAUUGGAAUGUCCGGGGAUUCCGUGGGACGAGUCAGCGCUGGUGAUGGAUGUCGCCGACGAGAUUCGUCGACAAGUAAAGAUUGUCUAUCCGGAUGAGAUAGAAACCACCGAGUAUCCAGUCCAGCUAGGUGCUCGUCUCAGCUGA